GUGUUUGGACUUAUUUUUAUCAUGAGGAGAAGUGAAGGAAACAUUUUAGAACAGAAGAGAACUCAUAAUAAUAAUAACAAUUAUUAUGAAACGAUACUUUAACUUCCUGUCUGCUGGGUGGGCGUGGUCUCCUCACCUCGCGUUGGUUACCUGAGAGACAGUCUCAGAGACAGUCUCAGAGACGGCCAGACUCGUCUUAAGUCUUAGUCUGUGUCAGACCAGUGACAGGUCUUCCUGGUCCUGGUCCUGGUUCUGAGUCCUGAAGCUCUUAUGGGAAGCAGCAGUGUCUAAACCCACGUGACACAAAUACAGUGAUUGAAGUGUUUGUGCUGUGACACCAUGAAGCUCACAUGGCUGCCAUCCUCUCUGCUGCUGCUGCUGGAGGUGAGCUGUGUGGAUCUUCAGGAAAGCAGCAGGCCUAAUUUUGUCCUGCUGAUGGUGGAUGACUUAGGAAUCGGAGACCUGGGCUGCUACGGCAACACAACGCUGAGGACCCCCAAUAUUGACCAGCUGGCGCAGGAAGGGGUGAAGCUGACCCAGCACAUCGCUGCAGCGAGCCUGUGCACUCCCAGCAGGGCGGCCUUUCUUACCGGACGAUACCCGAUACGAUCAGGUAUAGCCGGUACCAACAGAAAUGGUGUAUUUCUAUUUAACGCAGCAUCCGGAGGUCUCCCUGGCCGCGAGGUCACAUUCGCUAAGAUUGCCAAACAACAAGGCUACGAGACGGCUCUUAUCGGAAAGUGGCACCUUGGACUGAAUUGUGAGACCAGUGACGAUCACUGUCACCACCCCAGAGUCCACGGCUUUAACUAUUUCUUCGGUACGCCCAUGACCAACACAAGGGACUGCCAGCCUGGACACGGCACUGUGUUCCAGAUCCAUAAACAUUUACCAUAUAGGACACUGGGGAUCAUCCUGGUCACUGCAUCCUUCCUCCACUACAGCGGCUUCAUCACCAUCCGCAGACGGCUGAUUGUGGGCCUGCUGGGCCUGCUGGUCGUGGUCACAGGUCUGAUAGUAGGAUUCAUCAUGGCUAUCCCGUACUUCAACUGUGUUCUCAUGAGGGACCACCGAAUCGUGGAGCAGCCAUUCACAUCCGAAAACCUGACCCAGAGGAUGACCCAUGAGGCAGUGGACUUCAUAGAGAGGAACUCCGUGAGGCCUUUCCUGCUGUUUUUCUCCUUCCUACAAGUGCACACAGCCAUGUUCGCUUCAGCAGCGUUCAGAGGAACGAGCCGCCACGGCAUCUAUGGAGACGCUGUCCAUGAAGUGGACUGGAGUGUAGGUCAGAUCAUGCAGACUCUGGACAGACUCAAACUGAGCGAAAACACCCUGGUGUAUCUGACUUCAGACCAGGGAGCUCACCUGGAGGAAAUCAGUGCUGGAGGGGAGGUCCACAGAGGCUGGAAUGGAAUAUAUAAAGCAGGGAAAUCUACGAACUGGGAGGGAGGGAUCCGGGUCCCGGGAAUUCUGCGUUGGCCGGGGAGCAUCCCUAGUGGCAGACAGGUAGACGGGCCCACCAGCAACAUGGACCUGUUUCCUACAGUGGUGCAGCUGAGCGGGGCUUCAGUCCCAAAGGACAGGGAGAUCGAUGGUCACGACCUCAUGGAUCUGCUUCAGGGGAGAGUUGAGAGGUCAAACCACGAGUUUCUGUUCCAUUACUGCAACGCCUACUUGAAUGCAGUCAGGUGGCAUCCCCGAAACAGUAGCUCAGUGUGGAAAGCCUUUUACUUCACACCAAACUUCAGCCCAGAGAACGAGACCGUCUGCAUGAACACACAGGUCUGCUUCUGCACGCCGGGGUAUGUGACCUACCACGAUCCUCCGCUGCUUUACGAUCUCUCGAGGGAUCCAUCGGAGACCACGCCGCUGACUCCUGACACCGAGCCGGCCUUUCACUCCAUCCUCGCUGUGAUGCAGGAGGCCGCUGAGACUCAUCAGAGGUCGGUGAAGCCUGUGGAGAGCCAGCUGACUGCAGAGAAGUCUAUGUGGAAGCCCUGGCUGCAGCCCUGCCGCUCCACGCUCUUUCAGCUCUGUCAGCUCCAGCAGGAUGAGUAGGCUGUCGUAAUAAGGACAUCCACAAGGGAAAAUAUAUUUUGUUUUACCUGUUUUUCAGUAACAGGUUGGACCUUCAGAAGUAUAGGUAUAGGUUUGUCAAUGCUGGUCAUCGUAGAUGGGGGCCAAUCAUUGAGCAGUCAUUCAAUCAUGAGAGACCAGGCAGAAAAUCCAGUGGAGAUGAAGGGAAAAGUGACUGUCUCAUUGUCGAUGACCUCCUCAAAGGGGCUUUUCCUCCCCUUCAGAAGGUCCAAACAUGUCUAAGCGUCUUUAUAAUGUAAGCUAAAGCUAUUUAAUUGGUGGCCCUGUGGCCACAAUGUAAAUUGUCCUGGCACAUUGAGUAAUUAUUGCUUUACAUUGUUUUUCAUUGAUGAAAAAGAAUGCUUUCCCGCUUUGUCCCGACUUAAUUUAUACUUGUUUGUUCUGUUCUUUCUAGCACGUCAGCCUGGUUAGUUCCACAAAAUGUCUUUUUCUGCUUUAAAGGUUCAGUGUGGAAGAUAUUUGAAAUUUCAGAUCAACUCAACAGUCCCCCCGAAGUUACGGGGGCCUUCACAUGCCUAAAGAGGUCUUUGUCACAGCAAUGGUCACAACUGCACAAGUAGCCUGUGGAGACUAAGAAGUUCCUUUAGAUACAUAGACAUUGUAUUCUACAGGCAACAGUGAAGGCCAGGUGAGGGAGAAGAAAGAAGAUACUAUAUUCUGACCUGGUCUGCAUUAUAUGACCAACAAGUUAUUUAAUUCAAACAUUCAGUUCGAGAAAAACAUGAAAUAUUCCUAAAUUACUUUAAAAAAAUUGUUUGCUCCUCACACUUUGAUUGGUCAUUAAAGUCACAUUUUUGAAUGAA